AUGUCCGAACCCACCGAGUCGUCCGAUCCCUUGAGGGUCUCCCGUUUUACCUAUCGACAAUUGCAAGGGUUGCGACAUGGAUCCACGGCAACCCCUCUGCGCGUGAUUGCGCAUAUCGAUCUGGAUGCCUUCUAUGCGCAAUGUGAGAUGGUCCGCCUGGGGACUCCGCGGGAUGUACCAUUAGCAGUGAGGCAAUGGGACUCUUUGAUUGCCAUCAAUUACGCUGCGCGACCCUUCGGAAUCAGUCGAUUGAUCAAUGUUGCGGAGGCCAGGAAACUUUGUCCAGAGCUCGUCUUACAGCAUGUCGCGACUUUUCGAGAGGGAGAGGGAGGGCGGUGGGCAUAUCGGGAUGAUUCAUUCAAAAAUAUCAGCACGGACAAGGUGUCGCUGGAUCCGUACCGAGCACAAUCGCGAAAGAUCCUCCAGACGAUGAAGGAAGCUCUGGCCACAUGGAGUGCCGAUGACACGGAACUCGAAACUCAGAAUCUGAAGCAGGAACUCUCGGCUGUGUUGGAGAAAGCCAGUAUUGAUGAAGUAUUCAUUGAUUUGUCUCCAUUGAUAUAUAGGGCGCUUCUUCAGAGAUACCCAGAACUUCGGAUGGGAACACAUGACGAGAACCGGGAUGCGGAACUCCCUAUACCGCCGAUCACAGCCUUGCAGUGGGACACCGACUGCUUGGUGGACCUGGAUCAACAAGAAACGGAGGAAGACGAUCCAGACUGGGAUGACGUUGUCAUGCUGAUAGGAUCCGAAAUUGUACGAGCGGUGCGGAACGCAGUUUGGGAAAAGCUCAGCUACACCUGUUCGGCUGGGAUUGGCCGCAAUAAAAUGAUCGCAAAACUCGGAAGUGCUUGCAAUAAGCCCAACCUACAAACUGUUGUACGAAAUCGGGCGGUGCAAAAUUUCCUAGGUGGUUAUAAAUUUACUCAGAUCAGAAUGCUGGGUGGUAAACUCGGCGAUCAAAUAACCGCCGCAUUUGGGACGGAGAAAGUGAGCGAGCUUCUUAAUGUACCGCUUGAGCAAUUACGCACUAAGCUACCUGACCACACGGCAUCCUGGCUUUACGGGAUCAUCCGUGGUGAUGACCGCAGUGAGGUCAAUCCCCGAACCCAAAUUAAAUCUAUGCUAUCCGCGAAGUCUUUCAGACCGAGCAUCAACUCACUUGAUCAAGCCGAGAAGUGGCUUCACAUCUUCGCAGCCGAUAUCUAUGGCCGGCUUGUGGAAGACGGCGUGCUUGAAAAUAGACGUCGUCCGAAAGUGAUCACGAUGCACUAUCGAACUGCACAAUCCCGUUCUCGCCAAAUCCCAAUUCCAGGCUCUAGCACAAUUGACGAGAACCUUCUCUACGAUCUGGCCAAUACUUUGCUUCGUCAAAUUGUGGCUGACGGACAGGCAUGGCCCUGUUCCAACCUGUCGCUGAGCGUGUCAGGGUUUGAAGACGGCGUGACUAACAACAAGGCUAUUGAGGGCUUCUUAAUUCGCGGUGAUCAAGCGAAAGCUCUUAGUCAUUCUUCAAGACCUCGAGAUGCCGAUAAUUCUCCCAGUGAACAAGCCUCAACUGAGAAAAGACGAAAGCUUGAUGGAGACGGGAGUAAAAUUGAAAGUUUCUUUGGGAACCCAUCACAUCUUGAAAAUACUGCCGCGGAUGAGCCAGCUAGCCCCCAAGAACCUGUUGAAAUGGACCCCGAACCGAGCGGAAUUUCCCGGUUCGUAUGUCCACGGUGCUCUAAGUCGAUGUUCGAGUAUGAAAAGGAAGAACAUGAUGAUUGGCACUUUGCCAAGGACCUCGCCAGCCAGGACAGAGAGGAAGCUAGGGUUUCACAGCCGCCCCUUCCCACGAAAAGUAGUGCACGCGGCACAACUGCUCGUGGGAGAGGUGGCCGAGGUGGAGGGAGUCGGGGUAAGCCUGAAAAGGGGCAGAUGCGACUUGCUUUCCAGUGA